UAUUAUAUAAUGCAAGUUUCCAACGUUCUUUCCUGAGAAAAUUUUUUGGGAUCAAGUUCUGUCCUGCAUGGCCAUAUCUCCUUGGACAAAUGAGAUAACAAUCUCUAUGUUUUGAAUAUGUGACUUUGAAGUCUUAUUUGGAUCUACCCACAUCUCCAUUUUUGUACACCUCCAAGCUUUGAAGUCAAAAUUCGUGGGUUAUGGAUUAGGGUUACAGUCAAAAUACCAUAGUGCUUGAGCCAUUUUAGAUUCAUCGAAUUAAGAUUACAAUCAAAAUACCAUAGUGCUUGAGCCGUUUUAGAUGCAUCGAAUUUAGAUUACAGUCAAAAUACCUUAGCGCUUGAGCCGUUUUAGAUGCAUCUCUAUAGCCUUUUUCUUACCAUGUUACCACUUUCAAGUAAAAAUCAUCAAUCUAGUUCUGAAUAAGAUGAUGCUCUUUCAGGAAUCACAAAGAAAAAACAACCCACCAAAAAAAAAUCAAAAAAAAACCAAAGAUGAGGAAUAUGAUAUUUGCAAAUACAAUACCACAGAAAAAGAGGACAGCUUCUUCAUAAAAAAUGGAGGUAGAGUGUUACAAAAGCUUAUUACUACUUCCAAUGGCUAUUGCAAUUCCAUUAGGAUGUUCACCAAAAACGAGCUCGACAAGGCAACAAACAGCUAUCACAUAGAUGGAGUCCUUCAAAGAGAUUGGAAUUACAUACUCUACAAAGUGACUCAUGGAGAUCAAGAUAUUUAUUUUAGUGAAAAAGUUUGGAAGAUCUAGCCUGUAGAGUUCAAAAAAUAUGAAGUUGCAAUAGUCUCCCAGCUGAACAAACACAAAAAUGUUUUGAAGCUUUUGGCUUGCUGGCUAGAGACUGAAGUUCCCGUGUUGGUGUAUGAAUUUGCAGGAAAUGGAAAUCUGUCAGAAUGGUGAAAAAGUGCUAUCAUGGGAGAUCAAGUUGAGGAUUUCUACCCGAGUAGCAAAUGCUCUUGCAUAUCUCCAUGAAGGUGCUUCCAGGGUGGUCAUCCAUAGAGAUAUAAUGCCAAGGAAAUGGAAAUUUGUCAGAUUAAAUCUACAUCAACGUUGAAAAAGUGGUACCAUGGGAGAUCAAGUGGAGGAUUGCUACCCAAUUAGCAAAUGCUUUCGCAUCUAGCCCCUAGAAGGUGCUUCCAGUGUGAUCAUCCAUGAGGAUAUAAUGCCAAGGCUUCAGAAACCACAAGCGCAAGACAAGAGAGAAGAACUUCUUGAAGAAUGGAGCUGCAGUAUUAGAACAACUCAUAAUUUCGUUCAAUGGAAAUUGCAAUCCAAUUCGGAUGUACUCCGAAGAAAACCUCAAAAAAGCAACAAACAACUUUCACCAUGACAGAGUGACCCACCGGGAUUUUAACUAUACAUUGUACAAAGGAAUUCACCAAGGCCGUUAUAUCUCAGUCAAAAAGUUCAAACCUUUGUUAGGCCUAAACUGUGAUUCUCUAGGACUUAUUACCAACGAAGUUGCAGUUGCUUCGCAAAUGAGCAAGCAAAAGAAUGCUUUAAAGCUCUUAGGCUGCUGCAUCCAAACUGAGUUGCCCAUGUUGGUCUAUGAGUUCCCAGCAAAUGGGAAUCUCUCAGAUCAUAUAGAGAAGAAUGGUUGGCCACUGCCGUGGGAGACCAAGUUGAAGAUUGCUAGUGGAAUAGCAAGUGCAGUUGCUUAUCUCCACCACGGCUUAUCCAAGACGAUCAUCCAUAGAGACAUAGUGUAUGGACAUGUAUUCUUAGACCAUGACAACGUAGCUAAGCUGUCAGAGUUCCAAACCUCAGUUCCAAUUCCUGCAGGGGAAACUCAUGUGGUUGCUGGAGUAUUCGGGACUCAUGGGUUCGCUGCGCCGGACGUUGAAAAGUACGGAUGGCAUACAGAAAAGAGUGAUGUUUAUGGAUUUGGGAUUCUACUUUGUGAGAUCCUAACAGGGAAGAGAUAUGAUGCCUUGAGGUGGGGUUCAGAAUUUUCGGACAUUUAUAGAAGAAACAGCUCAAACUCGGUGGUUGAAUCAAAUGAUGCUUGGGGAAGAGAUCUAGCAAAUGUUUGUGCAAUUCACUUGAAGACCAAAUCGAAUAUCUGGGAUGAAGAAAACAGAGUGCAAGUAAUGGAAUGUGCCGAGCUUGUAGAGAGGUGUCUCCAAACAAAUCCUAAUGAAAGGCCCGACAUGAUCCAGGUUGCAAAAGCUCUCAGAUUCAACAAAAACAUCCAACAUUAGCAUAGUCCUAGAUUAAUUGCUUGUGUCAAAAUUAAUAAACUUGCUUCCAAUUCUGGUAGUUCUGGGACUUCUCUUUACAAUAUGUUCAUUUCCAAGGUAUUUCUCAUGCCUCUCUUUUUCUUCAUUGUUAAUUAACUUUCACUUAUUAAUUGUGUUACAUGUAUUAAACAGUAAGUGUAAGAGUCAUGGCUCUUAUUGUAAUUUUGUGGAGUAGUCGAAGAAAUAAUCUGCUCUCUAUUAAUUUCGUUUGUUCUUUAACAAGUUUACUGGACAAAGUUUAGAGAUUUUAGUUCUUUUUCUUGUGGACGGCU